AUGUCGGAUCAAUGCUCACUGCGACUCCCACCAGGGAACCCACGCAAGCGGAAAAGCGAGGAUAACCUUCAUGGUCAGUUGAAAAAGGCUCCGCCGAUGGACACGCCCCUAUCCAAUCCUGUCCAAGCAACAUCCACCCAGAGUGAAUCGGCUACUGAAGAUACCCCCGCCGACGAUGUCCUCAGCAUCGAGAAUAUGGCCCAAAUGGCAUCGAACAGUGGGAGUAUAUUUGAGUCUCCCUGGGCCAAAAAAUGCAGCCAGAAAGCAGUGGAGUGUAUCAUCUGUUGUUGGGCUGCUGAUAGCAGCUUGAUACCCCAGGAGGAUAUAGAUCGCUGGUGCGAUGAGUUCCCAUUUCCUGAAAUGACAUUACUUUCUGUCCUUGCAUGGCAUUUUGGACCUGAUAAAUUUGGACAAGACGACCUCCGCUCAUUCAUAUCUUCCUUUCCAAAUGAUGAGCUUAGGGAUAUUUGGAGCAGGAACAGAUUUCGGCGGGACUGGAGUUUCAAGGCUUUCGAGGAUUUUGAAUAUACGCUGCGCAAUGCGAAGCAUGCUUUUCAGCAUCCUGCUUUUGCAGGAAUAGCCGUACAAAGCCACGAAGUUCAGAAGGUGAUUGAGUUGGAUUUACAAGAAUGGCUACAAGAUUUUCAUAUGCUGUAA